CGUCUCGGUUGCUUGGAUACUGAGACGCAGCAGUAGCGUUGGCCCAGCUAGUGAGCAGCCGGCUGUGCUGAGUCGCUGGAGGGGCGGUUGGCUCAUUUCCCGAGAGCCGCAGGAGGAGCCGCGUACCUACGUUCUCCCAGGCUGUAGCGGUCUGCCGCAGCGAUGCCACUUCCCGACACCAUGUUCUGCGCGCAGCAGAUCCACAUUCCCCCGGAAUUGCCUGACAUCCUGAAGCAGUUCACCAAGGCUGCCAUCCGCACCCAGCCCACCGACGUGCUGCAGUGGUCCGCGGGGUAUUUUUCAGCUCUGUCAAGAGGAGAUCCACUUCCUGUAAAGGAUAGAGUCGAGAUGCCUGUGGCAACCCAGAAAGUAGACACAGGCCUGACCCAGGGACUGCUGAAAGUCCUGCACAAGCAGUGUCGCCACAAGAAGUAUGUGGAAUUAGCAGAACUUGAGAAGAAGUGGAGAAAUCUGUGCCUGCCAAUGGAGAGACUGAGAGCUCUCCUAGUACUGGAUCCUUGUGAAACGGAAAUCGAGUGGAUAAAAUUUUUAGCAUUGGGAUGCAGUUCACUUGGUGGGUCGCUGAACACGGCCAUGAAGCACGUCUGCGAGAUCCUCACCCAGGACCCUGAGGGUGGGCCUGCACGGAUCCCAUUCGAGACUUUUUCCUUUGUCUACCGCUACUUGGCUGGGUUGGAUCCAGACAUCAUGGAGAUGGAUGUGGAAUCCUGUCUUAUGGGUUUAAAGGAAAGCGUAGACUCGAGAAAGAAUGGCUUGAUAGGACUUUCGGAUUUCUACGUUCCAAAGAAGAUAAUUUAGAAAACCUUGAAGAGAAAUCUCUGAAGACACAGGCUGUUAAUACAGAGAAGAACACAUUUUCAUUUCAAAAUAGUGCUUUUGGAAAACUUGGCUCAAAUACAACUUGUCAUUAACCACUUA